AAGGCUGACCUGGAACUCAAGGUUCUCCAACUUUGGCCUCCUACAUCCUGGGAUUAUGGGUGUGUGCCUCCCCUCCAACCCCAAUUGUAAAUGCAACUUGGUGGAGCUGGGACAAUGGUCUCUUGCUUUGGGGUGUUUCAGGGCCCUCUGGGAGCUUCCUCAGGUGCUCAGGCUCAUUUCCCACAAUGAGUCAGAUGCCAUCCUCACGUGAGUCCUAGAGACCAGUGUUGGUAAUGGCUCCCUCCCUUGAUGCUGGAGCCUUGUUCCUGUCUGGCUGCAAGGAGGGGGAGAGUGUUUUGGUGUCAGGGAGGGGCAAGGGUAGCUCCCAGGGAAAGGGACUGUGGGUGUGAGAAAGGGUCUGGUUGCCUUUCAGUGCUCGCUGUGGGACACGGAUGCAGUCUCCUCACUGACAUGUAUGAUGCUCACCUCACCAAGGAUUACACGGUUCGUGGCCUCCUGGGCAAAGCUACAGACAACUUCUGUGAAGAUGGGCAGUUGAUAGAGAAGACAACAUAUGACCAUGUGACUAGAGAGCGGCUGGACCGGAUCCUGGCUAUGAUCCAAGGCUCCCACCAAAAAGCCCUGGUAAUGUACUCCAACCUGGACCUGAAGUCCCAGGAGGCCUAUGAGAGGGCUGUGCAAGGCGUGAUCCGGCCCAUGAACAAGUCCCCGAUGCUCAUCGCUGGCAUCCGCUGCCUGCACUUUGCACCUCCUGAGUUUCUUUUGGAGGUGCAGUGUAUGCACGAGACACAGCAGCAGCUGAGGAGGCUGGUGCAUGAAAUCGGCCUGGAGCUGAAGACCACCGCUGUCUGCAUGCAAGUGCGCCGCACUCGGGAUGGCUUCUUCGGGCUGGACGAUGCCCUCCUGAGAACCCAGUGGGACCUGCACAGCAUCCAGGAUGCUAUUCAGGUGGCAGCUCCCCGGGUAGCCACAGAACUGAGAAAGAACUUGAGCCUAACGUCGGGCCACCAACAGCAGCUCCCCAGUGCCAGGCAGCCUUGGACUUGAAGAGCCCAAGCUCCACUUUGAAAGUGGGAGCCAUGCAGGGUGGUAAGGCCAGGCAGGCGCUUGGACGUAGGGGCAAACAGGCUUUCACAAGUCAGAACUGGUCACUCUGCAGAGAGUGAGAUCAAGGUGGGCCCUGAGCCUUCAUCUCAGCAAAACAAAAGUACAGGAGGGAGCCUUCUUCCUGUCACACACAAACUAACCGCAGAGGUGAGGGGUAAGCUAUCAUCCCAGCUAGUUGGGAGGCCCAGGUUAGAAUCUCGACAGUUCAAGGCCAGUCUAGGGUGACUUAGUGAAACCUUGACUCAAAAAGAAAAAAA